AGUGGAACGCCUAAUGCCCCCUUUCUUUACAGACGAGCAAACGAGUCAGUUACGCGGAACAACGGCGCUUGCAGUAGCAGGUCGAGAGGCGGCGGGCGCCCGAGUGCUUCUCACGUCUCCCCCUCCAGCUGGGGCGGACCCCCCUCGCUCAGAGUCUCGCUCCCUCUCGCACUCGCCUCGUCACGCUCACCUACACAGAGAUACGCAUAUGCGAGGCGACACGUAGACGGCGCGCGCCGCGACGGAGACAGCGGAUCCGGUCCGUGUCGCGCCAGAGAGAGCACCAGCAGUAGCAGCAGCGACCGCCGCACACAGUGCGCUCGAAGUGAGCCGGGCUAAGCGCUCCCUCUACUGUGGCGGCGGUGGGUCGAGAUGUUAAUAAGCUAAUGCCUCGCAGCGGGCGCCGCGAGACGUGACAGCAAAGUGGCUUUCCGGCGGCUGGGCCGGGGACCCUAGCGUUCCGUCAACGUCGCAUUUCUCAGAGUGCUCCCGCGCGACUGCGGCGGCGACGGCCGCGGUGUGGCAGGAGAGAGAGAGAGAGAGAGGGAGAGAGAGAGAGAGAGAGAGAGAAAGGAAGAGGCGGGCAGGCUCCAGCAGUGUCGUCGUCUCCCGUGCUCAGCUCCGCGGCAACUCUUCUCUCCGGUGCUCCAGUGGUACGUCGGUCGCCUCCUAGCUCGGUGGCGACGGGUAGUGUGUGUGUCCGACGGACGGAGGUGGUGUGUGUGCUCUCCUGAAGUGAGGCGGCAGUGGGGUAGGGACAGUGAGGACACGAAGCGGUCAGCGGCACUGUUGUCGCUCGCGCUGUUGGUGAACGACGACGUGUAGGAGGAGGAGGCGGCGGUGGUGCUGUCGGAGGUGGUGGUGGGUUGUGACAGUGUGGUCGCGCCCGCGGUGAGGCUAUUUCGGAAAUAGCGCAGCGCUCGCCGCCGAGGCAGCGAGAGAGAGAGAGCGAGAGAGAGAGAGAGGGAGAGAGAAAGAGAGGGAGAUAGAGAGGGAGAGAGAGUGGGAGUCCUCUGAGUCAGGGCGCGCGUCGUCAGUCUGUCGACGGUUCGCGCGGCUGCAAGGCGGUCUCGUCCGCCGCGACGCGAUACGGGGGUACUAUCGCUCGCCUUCGUCCGGGCGAACGUGACGCGAUAAACUAUUCCCAGCGACCGGCCGGCCCGUCCGCGGCGCGCGAUACGGCCGGCUGUGUGCGGUGAUCGGCGAAGGGGGCGAGCGAUCGACGCCGCCGCCGUGUCUUCACGAAUGCCUGACAGGACUGCGCGCGAGGCGGCUCCACCGCGAUGUCGCGUCGGCCUCCGCGCUGCUGCCUGCUCCGCCUCUGCUGCUGCGGCUGGCGCCGGUGGAGGCUGCCGGUCAGUGAGCGCCGCGAGGCCGGCGUCGCAGAAGAAGGACGCAGAGGACGAAGAGGAGGGACGGGGCUGCCGGCGGCCACGGGCGUCGCCGACGCCGCCUGCGCGCUGCUGCUCUUCCUUCUCGUCGCCGUCGUCCAGUCCGCUACUUCGGACGAUGUGCAGGACUUCCAGAAGAUCCUGCCGGCGGAGGUGGUGUGGGCGGUGAGUGGAGAAGACGCAGAGCUGCCCUGCAACAUCACUCCUCCGUAUCCAGAUGACCGCGUCAACAUGGUACUCUGGUUCAAGGAUUCGUCCGUCCCUCUUUAUAGCCUCGACGCCCGUGGGUCCAGCCUGGAGGAGGCGGUGCACUCGGCCACCACGGACGACCUGGGGGCGCGGGCCAACUUCCAGGCGCUGUCCAGGCUGCCCGGGCGGCGGGCGGUGCUGCGCGUGCAGAACGUCAGCGUGGCGGACGAGGGCGUCUUCCGCUGCCGCAUCGACUUCCGGAACUCGCCCACCGUCAACUUCCGGAUCAACCUCACCAUCGUCGUGCCACCUUCGCCGCCUGCCAUCUUCGACUCCAACGACCGAGAAGUGAGUGCCAUUGCAGGGCCAUUUCUCGAGGGUUACGAUCUCUUCCUUGCCUGCAAGGUCCAUGGAGGCCGGCCCCGGCCAGAGGUGACGUGGUGGCAGGGCGGGCUACUGCGCGACGCCUCCAUCGACCUGGUGACGGACGCGGUGACCGUCAACCGGUGGUUCGUGUCGAGCGUGCCGCGCUCGCUGUGGAACAGCCACGUCGAGUGCCGCGCCACCUCCUCCAGCCUCAUGCGGCCGCUCGUCAAGAGGGUCCACCUGGACGUCUACCUGAAGCCGCAAGGAGUCCGCCUGACGUCCCAAGAGAUGCUGCUGUCCGCCGGCAAGCCGUACACCAUGCAGUGCGAGACCUGGGGGUCGGUGCCGCCAGCCAGGGUCACGUGGAUGCUGGACGGCGAGCAGCUGCGCAGCCCCCAGAUGCAGGUGGAACACCUGGGGAAUGUGACUGUGAGCCGGCUGGUGCUGCGGCCCCGGGUUCACGACCAGCAGAAGGAACUGGCCUGCCGCGUGGAGAACCCAUACUUCCCGGGUGGGAUACUGGAGGACCGCCGACGCCUCUUCAUUGCCUACGCGCCAGCUGUCUCGGUGAGGCUGGACUCCGACACGGGGCAGACGAUUUUCAAAGAGGGGGACAACGUGAGGCUGGCGUGCGAGGUGAACUCAAACCCGCAGCCGGACACCGUCAGCUGGUUCCACGAGGACCGCCUGCUGCGCAACGACAGUUCGUUCAGCGUGGUGACGUCGCUGAGGACGCUGCUGCUGCUGGGGGUGACGCGCGCCUCCAACGGCGACUACUCGUGCGCCGCCGCCAACUCCGAGGGGGAGACGCGAAGCGCUCCGCUCAGGCUCAGGGUCCAGUACGCGCCGCGGUGCCGGCCGGGCCACGAGGAGGCGCGCGUCGGCGCCGUGCGCCACGAGGCGGUGUCGGCGCUGUGCGAGGUGGACGCCGACCCCGGCGGCGAGGCGGUGCGCUUCAGCUGGACGCUGCAGCGCGGCCGCGACGUGCUGCCUCUGCCCGCCUCCCGCGCCGCGGCGCGCGGCGCCGCCUCCGAGCUGCGCUACACUCCCGCCGCCGAGACCGACUUCGGCACGCUCGCCUGCUGGGCCUCCAACAGCGUCGGCCGCCAGGACCGGCCCUGCCUCUUCCACAUCGUCCACGGUCGCACGCCGCAGCCGCCAGAGCAGUGCAGCGUCCGCAAUGACUCGGCGGGCGUCAGCUUCGGCGCCGGCAGCAGAAUGGCCGUCGUCCGAGGCGGCGAGGCGCCGGCGGCUUCUCUGGAGGUCUGGUGCUCGCCCGGCGACGACGGGGACCUGGCGCAGCACUUCGUGCUGGAGGUGCGGCCGCUGGACGAGUCCGGGGAGUCGCGCGUGACGGAGCCGGGCGCGAUGAGCGACCAGGCGGCCCCCGGCGGCGCGCCGCUGCAGCUGGUGCGCGGCGCCAGCCCGCGCUUCACGGUGUCGGGGCUGCGCCCGGGCCGCUACCAGCUGGCCGUCUUCGCCGAGAACCGCCUCGGCCGUUCGCACCCACCCGUCCUGCUCUCCAGCGUUGCCGCCGCGGAGGGCACCCAGCCCCUCGCUGGAGACGCCCAGUGA